GAGUUAUUAAUACACAGUACUAUACUGUACCCCAUUCACAUGCUUCCAACUUCAAUUUCAAUCGACCACUCUCUCUGUCUCUCUAAAUGGUGACAAACAACCACCGCCACCACAUGGCUCCUUCACCUUCAUUCUUCAAAACUCUCACUCUAUUAUUACUACUAUCGCAACACUUUUUAACCCUUGUUAUUGCUUUUACGCAGAACAACACAGAAACCAGUCCACCUCCGUCUCCCGUUCCCGAUGAAGCCACCACCAAUUCUCAACCUCAACGAAUAAAACCAAGCGUCGCUAUUCUCGUCUGCGUUUUCACCGUGCUCUUUUCUCUCACCUCGGUCCUCCUUCUCUACGUGAAACACGUUAAUUACAUCGCCAACACCGGCGAGAUAGUUAAUAUCGAAAACGGCGGAGCCUCGUAUUUUAACGGCGGAAGAAAAAACUCCGGGAUAGACCGUUCGGUAGUUGAAUCGUUGCCGAUUUUCAGAUUCGGAUCACUUACAGGUCAAAAGGACGGUCUAGAUUGUGCGGUUUGUCUAUGUAAAUUCGAAUCCUCGCAAGUUUUACGGUUAUUGCCGAAAUGCAAACACGCUUUUCAUGUGGAGUGUGUUGAUACAUGGCUGGAUGCACAUUCAACUUGUCCUCUUUGCCGUUCUAGAGUCGAUCCUGAAGAUGUUCUUCUCGUAGUGGAAGAUUCUUCUUCAUCAUCAACAACAACACUGCGGGAGAUUCACAAUCAGAAUCAGAAAGAAGAAGAAAAUGAUCAUGCUAUGGAAAUUGAAAUUGAAAGAGGAAGAAUGUGGAGAAACGAGAUUGUAGAGAAUUAUCGAAAGAGACAUUCGUCGGUAGGGGAAAAGGAAUGGGAAGGAGAACGAGAAAGGAAGAAAACGGCGUCGUUUAGAUGGUCUCUGGAUAGUUCUAGAAAGAAGAGCGAGAGUAGCAUUGGGCUUGGGCUGGGUUGUUUUGCUGGGCCGAGAAAAGACGGGAUGUUGUUAACGAAAGAAGAGAGUAGCGUGGAAAGGAGAAAAAGGUUGGAGCACCGGAUAAUUGUGUCACCGAAGGUGAGAAGUGGGCUCCACCAGAAUCAACGGUGGAGUGAUGUGCAACCGUGUGAUAUGCUGUAUCUAACAUCAGAGAUGAUGAUAAUGAGUGGAGUAAAGAAUGUGAAUAGGAGGAAUAAUGAAAGUAGUUGGAAUGGCAGGGGAGUAAUUAAUUCGAGAAGUGUGUCUGAAAUCACGGGACUCAGCAGGUUCCAAAGCAACAACACACAGCAAUAAUUAUUAGUAUUUCUAAUAAAUAUUGAAAUUCAUUAGUAAUGGCAGUGUUAUGAUUUUGUUAUUUAUAGUCGGUUUCUGAUUUACUAAGAGGGAGAACCUAAACCUACUAGUAUGUGUUCUGACUCAACAAUGUACUAUUCCAGGCCACUCCCUGAACUCGACCUGCCACCUUGUUGGUGCAUUUGUAUCUUACCGUAGAGUAGCAUAGCAUUGCCAUUUCUUAUUGAGAACCUAACACAGCAGAAUAUAAAAGUACCGGUACUUUUUAAUAUAAUUUUUUUUA